GCGGUCGCCAUGGAGACGGAGUCGCGGUGAGCGGCGCGCCGGGUGUGUGGGGGCGCCGGGACGGCACUGCGGCUGGGGUGAGGCCCGGCGGGAAGGGGGGGCGGCAGUAAGGCACAGCCCAGCGCGGAGCGAGGCCUGGCAGGGCCGGGAGAACGUUCUCUAAGGAGAAUAACUGCCUGUCACAGCCGAUCAACAAACGCUCCCUAAACCUUGGUUCUGACAGUAGGGGUGGGCAGGGUUUUGUAAGGCGCCGACUAUUCUGCUUGCUCAAGAGGCAUUUCGUGGUAAAAGGGAGGCUAGCUCUGGUUCACGGCCCAGCUGCUGCCUCUGCGGCAAUUCGGAAUCUCUUUUUGCCGCCACGUUUGUGAAACUGAGCUGAAAGAAACGCAGCAUCCCCAGCAAGAACACAGACACUAAAGAAAUGGAGAAACUCACUCAGCUGGAAGCUCUGCUGCUUACUGCUGUGCUGGAGAAUUGCGUUGAUCAGCUCGCAAUCCUUGGGUACAUCAUGCCAGUCUCACAUGAGGGCAAGACAGACAUCAGCCACAUCAACAGCCAGAAAACGAAAGAAAUCACAGGUACCCAGAAUGUGCUGGACAUUAAGUAUCAAGAGCUUACCUCUGCAAGGCAAGGGAGUGGGGAAACUGUUACCUCAAAGUCUCUGAAAAGCACUGAACAUAAGCAGCAGCUGGGGAACCCCGAGGAUCCAAAAAGAGCCCAUCAUCUUUCCAAAAGGGCCACGAAACCCAGUGCUCUGUCUGCAGAUUAUCUCAGAAAAAUUCAGGCUGACAGGCAGUAUACGAGUGAUGUAAUUACAGCCACUAUGAAGAAGAUGGAGGAAUCAGGAACAUUUGAUAGCCUAAUAGAAGCUAAUGGGAAAGAGAAAGCGAAGAAUAGCAACUUGAAUGAUAUCCUCAUCAGGGAAGAGGAAGGAAAGAAGGAGAUAAAGUCACUCCAGAAACAGCUGCAAGAUGUCAAGAAAGAAACUGAAAUAGAACUUCAGAACCGAGAUAAUGUAAUUCUCUACCUCAAAAAUGAGCUUCAAGGGAUGGAAGCCAAAGCAGCCAUGGAGCAGCGCUACAUGAAGAAAAGCGCAGACCUUCAGGUGCACCAAGCCCAGAAGAAGUGCAGCAAUGCAGAGAACAGACUGAACAAGGAAAUUGAGGAUUUGAAGAGGAAAACUGAUGAGGAGAUCCGGGUGCACAUGGAGAUUGAAAAUUUCCUCAGGCAUUACUACAAGAAGGUGGAAGAGAAGCUGGAAUACUGGGCGGACAAGCAUGAAAACGACACGGAUGCUAAAGAUAAAGAAAUCAACGCCCUCAAAGAAUCAAGGGCAGAGAACUUGGAAAUGCUGCAGAGAUUUGCCAGUGAGUGCCGGACAUUCGAGGAAACCAUCAUCGCUGACCGGGCACAAAAAGAGGCAGAAAGACGAAAACGAGAGCAGGAUGCCAUGGAGCUGAAGAGCAUCCUGAAGCUGCAGGCCUGGUGGAGAGGCACAAUGGUCCGCAGAAACCUCGGCCCCUACCAGAACCUCCGGAAGGCUCAAGAGAAGCAGCUGUUAAAUCAGAAAAGCAAAAAGGAAAAACCUGCAGCAAAGAAAAAGACACGCUAAGAGACAUGGCCACAGAUGUACUCCAGGGCCGCUGCUGGGUAAGGCACUGCUGUCUGUGUUCAGCAGCACAAAAUAAACCAUGGAACAGAACUCA